UUCUUGUUCUUCUCUUUGCCCCAUUUUCUGGUCCACUAGUAGCAGAAGGAUAGGUAUAGAGCAUGGUAGGAUUCAGACUCAUAGAAAAAAGAACGAAAAUACUAUAUAGAGAAUACAAGCAUACAUUAAUAUUUCCAAGGAUAAUAGUCUGAGGUAUUUUAACAUCACUUGGUAUCUUUCUCUCCCUAAACUUUCAGGAUUCCUUGAUUCUCCAUAGUGGCUCCUCUACAAUUCUUGCUAAGGCUUCCCAUACAUCGGUUGCCCAGCUGCAGCUUAUUAGGAGAUAUUGGGCAGAUUGAGUUUGGCUCAUUUCAGCUGGCAAGCCACAAGUAGCAUUUUCACACACUAAUCUUGUUAUCAAGUGCUGACUCCAGAUCUGUGGAGGUGCAUCAUUCCCAACUUAGAGCAUUUGAGUUAACCUGAAUUUGAUUAAAAGAAGCCAAAAGGUUGUGUUGCUCUGCUGUCUGUCAGAACUGUUCAAAAGAUCUCCUUAAUUCAGAUAAGCUAUGGGCCUGGUGAUACACGUUCCAAAGAUGGAGUUCAUCAUUCUUGCCAGAUGGUGGUAGCACACUUGCCAGAGUGAAUAUAGCAAAUGUGAGUGUAGACUUAUGCCUGAUUACUAAAUUCUGCUUAAAAGAAUUUCAUAUCCCAUCCUGAUUGUGGCAUUACAAUGUAUUGUUACAUAACAUCUAAGUUAGACCUAGAAUCUUGAACGGUGAAGUUGGAAUAGAAAUUUGCUGUUUCUAUGACAUACUGUAUUUGUUCUUGAUAGAUAUAUCCAAGAGCUGCCUCGCCAAGCCAAAUGCUGCCUUAUUUAUAUAGGGUGUUCUUGAUGGCUAGAUACUUUCUCUUUGUUCUGUUGCUGCUUGUUAGCGACUACCAACAGAAGUUAAAGUGAUGCUUGUAGUUUUCCCAAAACUAGGAAUGAAUCACCAACAAAUCAUGGCAUGUCUGUCUGCCAAAUUGCCUUGAUUUGUUGGUGAUUAUUUUUAGACCAAUCCAUCCAAGAAUGCCAGCUCUCUUGAGAUUAGAGCCUUGAAUUUAAAGGGUGGAAGUUUAUGUGGCAAGAUGGAGUGGGAGCAUGUUGGUCUGGCACAUUAAUGAAGCUGGUCCCAUAGCUUGCUUUUCAGUUGUGAGAAAAAUACAGAAUUGCCGCAAGUAGAAAAGUGGGAUGUUGAAAACGACUUGAUGGCACAUAAUAAUACUAAAAAAAAAAUGGUGCAAAAAUAAAAAUAGCUUUUACAGUCCUCUUUAUAGCAACAAAUCAUACAAUCUGAAUUAUCAAACAGCAGUGUAACAAGACAUGAAUUUUUUUAAAAAUGCUUUGACAUUUGUAUCAUCGAUAUAGACAAAACAACGGAGGGAAAUUUGGGUGGAUUUCUCCAAAACACUCUUGCCCCAGUGUCCAAAAAAAAUCAUUUGCAAUAUGCGGCUAAUCUGCUUCAGCGUGACCUAAUUUUUGAAUGUUGAAAAGCUAAACAACAAAAAAAUACUCGAAAUAAAACUUGUGGUAGAAAGAGCAAGUGCUUCUCUUCGUGUUAGUCCCGUGGUGACUCUGCCCGUUCGAUCUCUACUAACCAAUCACAGCUUUCCCUUAGCGUUCGAUUCUCCAUUAAUUCCAAAAAGUAGAUCGUGGUCCACUUUUUAAAAAAGGAACCUCCGAACGUACUAGGAAGCAUCCUGAAAGGCUCCGCCCAAUCCUCUUGUUACUCUGGUGAAGGGGGAGUGACUGAGGGCACCGGGAAGCUACAGAGCUUCAGAUUCGGCUCUGCGCAUACGCGCUGGCGCUCAGUUCCUGCCAAGCCCUGAAUCUUACCGCUGCGUUUAAGAGAGAGGCGCGGGAAUAAGCGCCAUAAAGAUAAUGAACCGCCAACGACCGGCGUCCGCUUGCCUUCCAGCAGCUAUUGCAGCGCUGAGCCUGAGCCUGCCUGGCUCGCACGUUUCUCCAGAGACUUUCCGGCAAGCCAAGUUCGACCAACCCCAGGUGAGUGCAACAUUCUGGAAACUACUAUACUAUCUGCUGAAGCAGAUCCAUGGUGGAGGACAGAUAGAGUCUGCUGACCCAGGUACCCAAGUCAGAUUUGUCAAAUGUGCAGCCUUGAACUAUGGCUAUAGAAGGCUAAAAUUUUACCAGCUUCCUACUGAUGGUUCAGAAGGGAGCAGGGAACUACUGUUGGCAUUUUCCUGGUUCCUUUGCAGAAUUGCUCUAAUGGAAAAGUUAUUGACACUAAGUAGAUUGAAACUUUGGGAUGAAGCAACAGUAUGCAUGUGUAAUCCUCCUCUGAAAUGCCUGCAAGAUGGGAAAAGCCUUGCUUCAGAACUUCACAUUAAAGACCAAACAGAUGUCCAAUACCUUCAGUGGUUGAAUGGGCGCCUGAAACUCCAGUGGCGGAGUUGUCACAUUGAGCAGCAAGAACAAUGCAAGCUCCUGCAUAAGGUGCAUUCCUACACAGUAGGUUCUCAUUCUGACCCUGUCAUUGGCCAUUUCUCAGUCAUAGAAGUUGAUAUUGGAAGACAGCCAGACAAAUAUGAGCAGUUGCUGCAUUUUGUGGAAUCUGAUUGCUCCCGUCUAGAAGCAUUUCUGAAGUGGAAGCCUAUGGAACCCCUUUAUUGGCAUUGGAUGGAGACUGUUUUAGAUAUGGUAACAGAAGAUACCCAGAAACAGAAUAUGUGUGGCGAGGACUGUCUUUUGCCAGGUAAUGACCUGGGUUGCCAUAGUGCCAGCAGAAUUAUUGAAGAACUUGACAAAUGUAAGAAAGAUCUAAUGACUCUGUGCCAGGAGUUACGUGAGCGUAGAACCCUCAGGAAACUGGCUUGCUAUGGAAAGGUCAGAACAAGGCGAGAAAAACAAGGAGAGGAGGAUUUCUGUACGGCUAUAAGAAAAGUACAAGAAAUUGUGGAGCUGAAACUGUCUGACCUUAACUGCAAUAAUAGUACCUGCAGAAUCAAUAAAUUGCAUGGGCCAUAUAGACUAGUUUUUAAAAGAAAGUGUUUAAAGGAAAGUAAAAUGGAUACUAUCAGAACAGCAGCACUUACCAAAGCCAUUACAGAAGGAAUCACUGCCACAGAUGUGAUCAGUGAUCUAAAAAAGAAAGUAGAAAGACUGAAGGCAGAGCUGAAGCAUCGACAAGAGGAAGAUAGGCAGAAGAUUCACAAAGUGGCAAAGGGACUUGAUCAAGUGCUUUUCAUCCCACCAAUGAAAAGACAAAAAGCAAAAAUAGGUGCAGAAUUUGGCAGAGUUCACCACAUUUGAAAGAACACUUUGGGAUGGCUUGAAACUUCCCCACCCCAUUGUUGGCGUUCCUAUCUUCUGAGUGCAGCUGUUGCUCCUUUAGGUUUACUAUACAUCCUCUCAUUUUGAAAGAAAGAAUACAGUAUGUUUUAAGUAUUCUACACAUUAUCUCAAGACUCUUAAUGAGCAGGAGGCUAAUAUUCACGUCUUUUAAAAUUAUUUUAUCUUCUCAAAUUGGUGCCCAGUUUCAGUUUAGCUAAAACAGAUUUCAACAUGAAAAUACACUAAACGCUCAUACUGAAUAUCUGGAGAAGAGAUGUGUGUAGAAAUCCAGGUAAUGCAGCCAUAUGGAAACAAUAUUGCUGAAACAGAAUCUUGAAUUAAAGUUGAUUAAAACUUGCUUCCAGUGUUGCUAUCUUUAAGUUUCUGCCAUGGACAAAAGUUGUGGCAUUGAUACUGAAUGGCUACUAAUAAAUAAAAUCCUAGGGUACUGAAAAUCCUAGGGUAGUGAAGGAUUUAGCUAAUAGUCUGGCUGAACUCUUAUGAUUGGCAUUAUGCUUUUUUCUCUCCUCACUUUGUUUUGGACUUUUUCAAAGUUUCCUUGGAAUUUUUUACAAUUUUGGACUUUCCAGAAUUGUUUAUAAAUUUUACACUCUUCUGUUAUAUUCUGGCAGUUUCAAAAAAAUUUUCAUGAAACCCACCUUGUCUCCUAGAUCUCAAUUUUCCUCUCAAUCCUGCUUCCAGCCAUUUCUCCCAUCCGGCUUGCAUCUUCUUUUUUUGCUAGGUACCCACAUCUGACAGUUCAGCUCUUCCAAAAGGUUUAAAUGCAUAUGUGACAUUUGUAUUCCACUGUUGUACCCUCAAUUAAUCUUGGUUGUAAAUUUCUUUCUCUUGUGAAUGCAGUUUACAUUUGUUCAGGUUGUCUGGAUCCUAUAAUCCCACCAGGCUUUAUUCACACCUCCAUGUCAAGAGAGGCAAAACAUUUUAGCAUAACAGAGGCCUAACUAUUUAACAUAGCAUUACAAGUUACAGCAAUUUCUGCAAGCAAAAUACUUCACAAGGAUUCAC